AUGUCAAAAUGUUAUUCCAUCAAAUUCAAUGAAUUUCUAGAGAGAGGUCGAGAGGAUGAUUUUGUGAUGGCAUUUCGAGAAUUCUUGACAAGUGAACACAAUCAGAUGACUCUUGAUCUCAUCUAUGAAAUUGAAGAUUUCAAAAAGUGUGAGAAAGAGGAUUACAAAAAAAGAUAUUCGAAAGCAGAGAAAAUGAUUCAAUUGUAUAUCGGUGACCAUUCAUCACGACAAGUGAACUUACCAGCUUCUUUGAAAGAUCAAUGCUUAUUAGAAUUCCAAAAGUCACAAAUUACCAAAAUUGGAAAUAAGAAACCCGAUCUGACCUCUCUCGAAACAAUUUUUGACAAGAUUUACUCACAUCUCCAUUACUCCCUAAAAAGUGAUAAUUUCUUUCGAUUUAUCUCGAGUGAUAUUUUCGUAAAGUGUAUUCUUCAAAAUCUACAAACUCUGAAACAAAAACUUGUACAUUCCAAUUCCCUAUUCAAUCAUUCCUCAAAUCACCAAACUUCUCCUCCUCGAGGACAAGAACAUACCGAGUCGACCAUCUUUCAAUCUCCAUUACCACAACAACAAAAUUCAACUCAACAAUUGUGGAUCAAUGUCUUGGAAUUAUUUUUCAAUGAAAUUGGAGAAAAGAAAUUAUUGCCAUCUUCGAAUGGUCAUGACUGUAACACUCAACAUCCAAGCAGUAAUAGUGGUAGUAGCAACAACCAUAACACUCUUAUCAGCAGUGGAAACAAUAGUGAAAGUAGUGAUUCAUCUGGUUCGUCCAUUGAGAGUUCUCAUGAAAGUGAAACGAAUUCCAAUGUUUCGAAUUCAACUUUCAAACAUGUGUUGCCAUCAUCAAACCCUCAAUUAUUCCUAAAUGUCAAUCACGUGCUUUCAGAGUCAUCAAACUCCCUUUCUCCUUCUUCCGUUUCUUCUGCUCCUGCUUCUUUAUCACCAAGAAGUUUAAAUCAACAAUUAUUGACCAAAGAUUUAACACAACUCGCCAUCGAAUUGGAUGAAAUUUUAGAAGACCAUUCGAGUGGUGGUGACAGUACUGGUUGCGACGGUUGCAUUCGAAGAGUUCAUGAAAAACAUUUUCGAUUCAUUCAUUCAUUGGCAAUGGCCAAUAAUUUGUUUACAAAAAUUGAUCCUCCUCUUUCUGAAAAACAACAACAAGAACAUUCAUUAUCGUCUUUAUGGAAUAAUGGAUCCAAUACACCUACAUUGGUGCCAUCCAUGAAUUGGACCUGUGCCUAUACUGUUGAUUUGAAACAUCCAAAAAAGAAGAAAUCGUUUCGACUGUUUAAACAAACUGGAAUUUUGAAUGCAUCUCCUUUGGAAGUGUUGUAUUCAAUUUUGGAUGCUGAAUAUGCAAGAGUGGUGGGAGAUCAAAUGAAUGAAGAAGCAUAUCCAUUGGAAUAUUUACCAUGUGAGUAUUCGUCGACAAAAAUGUCAAAUUCCAAAAAAGAAUUGAAUUCCAAUGAAAAGACAUGUUGUCAAGAAUUUUUUGAACACGACGGCUUUCAUUCUACAUGGGCCACCAAAAUGCUUUUCAAAUUAGGAUUUCCUUUGAAAUCCAGAGAAUUCCUUGUGAGCAUGUCGUUACGAAAUGAAACUUUGGCCAUGUGGGAUUUGAAUGGAACGAGAAGUGAACAAAUUUUUAGAGAAAUUUGUAAAGAUCCUUAUUCGAAUUUUACAUUGGUGAGAGUUCCUUAUCAAUACCAUGAGGAGAAGAUUGAGGUAGCUCGAAAUCAUACACGCGGAAUUUUUUUUGGAGGAACCAUUAUUGAAAAAGUUUCUGAAAAUCAAGCUCGUUUCACGCUCGUUUCUCACAUUAACAUGAAUACCAAAAUACCAACUUCACUCUAUUACAACUCUGCUCGAAAUCGAACUGUCGAAGUCAUUUCUUCCAUUCAGUUCAUUGUAGAAAUUUUAAGAAAACGAAAAAAACGUUUAGAAAAUGCAACAAGCAAUCCUAGCAAUGGUGAAAAUCUUCCUUCUGAAAUAGUUCCAUCUUCCUCAAAUUCUUCAUCAUGUUCUCCUCGAAGUUAUGCCAACUUAUUGGAAGGAACAAUCAAAUCUGAAAUGUUAUUAAGGACACUGAAUGAAAAUAUGCAAAAAAUUGGAUCAAAAUAUGGAUUUACCAUUGAUGAUUGA